AUCCGAAUCCUCCGUCUGAGCAAAGGCAAAGGCACCGACGCUUUGUACGGGACCCUCAGGGUGCACCAUCUCAAGUACUUCCCAGAGUACGAAGCCGUCUCGUACACUUGAGCCGACGCAAGUGGGGACGCAAGCAGGACCAAGAGGCUCUAUCUGGGUAAGGAAUGGACCAUGUUUCCCAUUACUUCCAACUGCGAGGCUGCUCUCCGAACCCUGCGGCUGCCGGCCAAGGACCGAUUCAUUUGGGUCGACGCGAUAUGCAUCGACCAAAACAACAUUCGCGAACGCUCAAGUCAAGUCCAGCUGAUGCCCAUCAUAUAUGCGACGGCACAGCGUGUGCUUAUCCAUCUUGGCGACGACAAACCCGAGCUCGAUCUCCGUCUUCGUCACCUGCGGACCCGUCUUCACGAGUGGGACAAGGAGUGGUGAGAUAUGAACGACCGUUUGAAGCGUCCCUACUUCUUCCGAGCUUGGAUAAUUCAGGAGAUUGCCGCAGCGAAAGUGGCAAUCGUGACGCAAGGCGCGUCCUCGCAUGUCUGGCCGAUUUACGACAAGGACACGGCUACAGACACCUUUCUUCCCUGGAUUAAACACUUUGAGAGCAGGGCAUACAAGACGUCUGAUGAUCUGUGGCAGCUUGUCAUUGAUUCGUGGACUUCGCAAGCACGCGACCCACGGGACAAAGUGUUUGCUCUGCUCGGUGUCAUCUCUGGCGCCGCCGCAGAUAGUUUGCUGGCCGAGUAUUUUCUCUCGAUGGAACAGGUGUACACGGGCUUCGCUGACUUUGCAAUCUCAAGGCAUGGAGUGGCAGAGGUGCUCAAGUAUGCAGGAGGAUACCGCAAGUCAGAGUCGUUGCCAUCAUGGGUGCCUGACUGGCAACUCUUGUCUCGAGACUGGGAUAUAAUGUCGCAAAUCAAGUCGUUUCACUCAAGCGUCACCCAAAUCAGCAUCGCUUCUAAAUUCAUGAUCUCAAGGCCGAGGACAGAGCUCGUCUCACAGCCAUGGGAAUUAGUCAACCCUGACCAGGUUCCUCUGGCGCGAGUAACCAUUCAAGGAGGUCUCUGCUUGCAUGGAGUCAAGAUAACAGAGCUUUCAGAGGGUUAUUCAAGGAACCAGUCUGUCGACGGAUUUGCUGUCUGGGAGGGGCCUCUUUUCAUUACAGGGCCGCCAACCGCCCUGGAAACGGACUCCGUAUUUCUGCUUCACGGCCUUGACACGGCGGCAACUCUCCGCCGGCAGCUUGCUGGCAGAGAUGACAUUUUCCAAUUUGUGGGCAUGUGCUUUGUCAGGGCCCAGACAGGUGUGGUAAUAUACGAAAAGGCCUGGAAACACCACCCAUUCUGGACCCGGGACUUUGCCGAACAAUCGAUUCUAAGGAUUCGGUCUCAAAUUGGGAGGGAGUCGUUCCACGAAGAAAACGCAGAAAUGCACGCCGCCUUGAAGAAUCUCCAAGGCACAAAACUGGAAGAAUACGCUGAAUGGGAGUACAGGUGUUUCAGACCUUCGGACGCGAGGCAGAGAACAUAUGGACCCAUACUAUCCGGGAGAAUUGGCCCAUCCUCUUGCUCACACCUUCAUACCAGCGACCCGAUAUCAUGGCGCCCGUGAUACCGAUUCUAGAGGAGCUGAUGGAAGCCACCCGUGCCCAAUACAAUUUGUGGGGGAGAGUUAUUUCGGAACUCGAGGAAUGCCGGGGGCGUGAAGGAC